UUGCGUUCAUGGGGUACCGAGUGAGACAGGUAGAAUAGCACCCGGGCAAAGAAGGUGUGCCGAAUAGCCGACUCGUUCUAUUGUUGCGGGAUUGACGUCAGUUGACGCGAACCAUUCGAUCAAAGCAUGGCUGCCUCGAGCAACCACUACAGAUUUGCGCAACCGACUUACUGCCAGUUUGUGACUGAUGUUAGUUCAGAACUUAUCAAAGCUUGGAACAAUCUUGAGACGACAGAUUUAUAUCCUACCAGCUGGUUAAAAACCUUGCAACGUGAAGGUUCGUGUACAGUACAAGAUAUCGUUUUGUUAGUAGUAUUGUCAGUCGCGUGGACAGUAGUAAGAAGCGUAACUACCAAGUUUUUGUUUGUGCCUAUCGCGAAAAAUUCUGGCCUGAGAAAGAAAGAAGAAUUGAAGGUUCCAGAGUCAUUAUGGAAAUUCAGUUUCUCAACGGUGGCGUGGCUUAUCUCAUCUUAUCUGGUGUUGGUGCAAUACAAUUUGUUUCACGACCCCGUUAACGCAACUACAAAUUGGGUGCUUCAUUCGACGGUUGAGUCAGACAUUUAUUUCGUGUACAUGUUUCAAAUGACCUUCUACAUUCAUUCGGUUCACGCGACACUUGUUCUGGACGAAUGGCGCAAAGAUUCCGUCGUUUUAAUACUGCAUCAUGUCGUGACAAUGAUGUUAAUCUCGGCUUCAUAUUUGUUCAGAUAUACUUACCUUGGGAUUCUGGUGUUGUUUCUCCAUGACUUUAGUGACAUCUUCUUAGAAGUUACCAAGCUUGCCGUUUAUUAUAAAACGAAAGGCGGACGCUGGUCGAAUAUUUGUGGUGUUUUUUCUACUAUUGGUUUCGUUAUGUUUGCGAUUUCGUGGUUUGUGUUCCGAUUAUAUUGGUAUCCGCUGAAGGCAGUGUACGCGUGCGCUUACAUCAGCAGGCAAGUCCAAACUGCAUAUCCACCAUUCUACUUCUUUCUAAACGGACUUAUGCUCACUCUACUCUUUCUGCAUAUGUAUUGGUUUAAGUUUAUCUUGGUGAUGACGUUCAAUAUUUUGAGUGGGAAAAGUAAGAAAGUGGAAGACACAAGAGAGUACAAAGAUUCGCCAACGCCCGAUGAUUCCUUCAAUCAUGUUUCUCGAAAUGGAGCAAAUGUUAAAUUGGACUGAUGCCGUUAUAAACUGGUUCUUCAGUCAUGAAGUUGGAGGUUUCCAGAGCUUGAUUUAGCUCUAACCUUGAAGCUAAACUGUACCUGUGUCCACCUCUGUCCGAAUGAAUUCAUAAAACUCGAUGAAACAAUUCUGACAAAAAAAAAUUUAUGCAAUUUUACAAUUUUUUGGUGCUUUUUAUUUUUGUAGUUGCCAGUUUUUCUUGAUUUAACAUCGACAGAAACAUCGCCAACAACCUACUUGCAAGCAUCUACUUUAAAUAAUUGGGUAACCCCCAAUCCAGUGAAACCUCAAAUAUAAAAUUCC